CAGCUCACACGGAGAGAGGGAGCGAAGCAGAGCGCACAAGACCAGACGCAGGGAGGAGAGGGAGAAAGGCGCACGGAUUUUCAGUGGCAUUCAGCUGCUUCUCCCGGACACUGGACGCGCGCAACAGAUCCGCGUGACAAGGGAGGACAGAUAGAGAGGACAUUUGGAUGCUUUUGCGGAAUUGAGUGCAACUUGAGCGAGCUUGCGUUUUAACAGGCGAAUGUUUUGUUCUUCUCCUCGCUCCGCGGAGAAAGCAAUGCAGCCGGUGAUUGCAGGAGCGCAGCCUUUAGUAAGUUAAAACACCGGAGCUGGCUGCGUUUCGGAGCUGUUAUUUCGGAUCUGCCUUUUUUGUUUUGUUUUGUUUUGUUCGGCUUCCACGAAGAAAAUGCCAGCAGGAAAAAUAAAGGGACUGUUUCUGACGAGAAUGUGGAAAGUUGUGGCCGUUUUGGCGCUGGUCACACAACACGUCUCCGGUAAGACGCUGAAAUAUCAGAUUUACGAGGAGCAGAAGGUCGGCACGGUUAUUGCCCGUUUGAAAGACGAUGUCGCGGAUAUUCUGGCCAAACUUCCCAGCUCGGUGUCGCUGCGCUUCAGGGCUAUGCAGCGGGGGAGCUCGUCUUUCCUCUCGGUGCGCGAGCAGGACGGAGAAAUCAGCAUCAGGACCAAAAUUGACCGCGAGAAACUCUGCGAAAAGAACCUCAACUGCUCCAUCCAGUUCGACGUGCUGACACUCCCCACCGAGCACCUGCAGCUGUUUCACGUCGAGGUGGAGGUGUUGGACAUCAACGAUAACGCACCACAGUUCGCCCGCGCCGUCAUCCCCAUCGAGAUCUCCGAGAGCGCGGCCGUGGGAGCGCGCAUUCCCCUGGACAGCGCCACGGACCCCGACGUCGGGGAGAACUCGCUGUACACGUAUGCCUUAGAGCCCAACAACUUCUUCAAGAUAGACAUCCAGUCCAGGACUGACGGGGUGAAAUACGCGGAGCUGGUGGUGCUCAGGGAGCUGGAUCGGGAGAUGCGCUCCAGUUAUGAACUUCAGUACACGGCCUCUGACAGGGGCGUUCCCCCCAGAACGGGUACGACCCUCCUCAAAAUCAGCGUUGCAGACUCGAACGACAACAGCCCAGUUUUUGAGAAGUCGUCAUACGUCAUAAAUCUGCCAGAAAACUCACCUGUUGGCACUCUGCUCAUCGACCUAAACGCCACUGACGCAGACGACGGCACCAACGCCAAAAUAGUCUACUCAUUCAGCAGUCACGUGUCCCCCAAAAUCAUGGAGACGUUCAAAAUUAACCCCGACAGCGGUCACCUGACGCUCAUCAGACGUGUGGACUAUGAGAGUGUGAACUCUUAUGACAUUGAUGUCCAGGCUCAGGACAUGGGACCGAACUCGAUGCCAGCACACUGCAAGAUCCUGAUCAAAGUGGUCGACGUGAACGACAAUAAACCAGACAUCAGCAUCAACCUCAUGUCCUCCCAGGGGAACGGGGACGCAGCCUACAUAUCGGAGGCGUCUCCUCUGGACACGUUCGUGGCUCUGGUGAGGGUGGAGGACUUGGACUCUGCGCUGAACGGGGAGGUAGAGUGUAAACUUCACGGGCAGGGAUAUUUCAAGCUCCAGAAGACCUAUGAGAACAACUACAUGAUCCUGACCAAUGUGUCUUUGGACCGCGAGAAGAGGUCAGAGUUCAGUCUGACGGUGGUGGCGGAGGACCGGGGGACCCCCAGUCUCUCCACAGUCAAACACUUCACUGUGCAUGUCACUGAUGAAAAUGACAACCCGCCACGCUUCGAGAAGGGCCGAUAUGAGAUCUUCAAAUCAGAGAACAAUGCCCCUGGAGCGUAUCUGACCUCCAUCAUGGCCACUGACCCGGAUCUGGACAACAACGGGCAGGUGAGCUACUCCAUCUUGGAGAACUCUGUUCACGGAAGCUCCAUCUCCACCUACGUCACCAUUGACCCCUCCAAUGGCGCCAUCUAUGCUCUGCGCACCUACGAUCGUGAGGAUGUGAGUCGCAUCUCCUUUGUUGUGCAAGCCAAAGAUGCGGGGAAACCAUCGCUGCUCAGCAACGCCACCGUCAUUCUCAACAUCCUGGAUGAGAAUGACAACCCCCCAGUCAUCGUGGUCCCCCAGCUGUGGAACUUCACCGCUGACGUACCGGCGUCGAAGUUCACAGAGGCGGGACACUUGGUGACCGUGGUCAGGGCGACUGAUCGUGACACAGGGGUCAACGCUGAGCUCAUUUGCUCCAUCGUCAGUGGCAACGAUGAGGGCUUCUUUCUCAUUGACCCAAGAACCUGUGAAAUCCACGCCAACGCCAGCCUGGAGAACUUCCCACAUGAGCACGCUGAGCUGACAAUCGUGGUCCGAGAUCAAGGAAGGGAGAGCCUGAGCGCUAAGGCGGUGCUGAAAAUCACGCUCUAUGAGAACAUAGAGAACCACGUCCAGGUGAUGGACCAGGGCGAGUCUUCUCUGGACGUGUCCCUGAUCAUCAUCAUCUCCCUGGGGGCCAUCUGCGCCUUGCUCCUUGUCAUCAUGGUGGUGUUCGCCGCCCACUGCAACCGCGAGAAGAAGGACACAAGACACUCCUACAACUGCCGGGUGGCCGAAUCGACUCACCAGCACCACCCCAAAAAGCCCUCGCGCCAGAUCCACAAAGGUGACAUCACCCUCGUCCCCACGGUGAACGGCACGCUGCCAAUCAGGGCCCACCACCGCUCACCUUCGGCCACGCCCCCGAUGGAGCGUGCCCAGAUGGGGAGCAGGCAGAAUCACCACAGCCGGCAAUCACUGAACAGCCUGGUGACCAUCUCAUCCAAUCACAUCCCAGAGAGCUUUGCACUGGAACUGGCGCACGCUACUCCACCGGUGGAGCAAGUCUCACAGCUUCUGUCCAUGCUCCAUCAGGGCCAGUACCAGCCCAGACCCAGUUUCCGUGGCAACAAAUACUCCCGCAGCUACAGGUAUGCGUUACAAGACAUGGACAAGUUCAGCCUGAAGGACAGUGGCCGUGGGGACAGCGAAGCGGGGGACAGUGACUGUGACAUGGGGCGGGAAUCCCCCGUGGACAGGCUGCUGCUGGGGGAGGGCUUUUCUGACCUGAUACACCUCGAAAUGCACCAUCGACUCCACCCAGCUAUGAGACUGUGCACGGAUGAGUGUCGCGUCUUGGGACACUCUGACCAGUGCUGGAUGCCCCCGCUCUCCUCCCCCGCUUCCUCCGCCGACUACCGCAACAACAUGUACAUCCCCGGGGAGGAGUCCGCUCAGCAGCCCCAGAUCGACGAUGACCAGUCCUCCGUUGACUCGGAACGCCGCAAGAGCUUCUCCACUUUCGGCAAGGAGCCUGGGAGCGAAGAGGGUGGGGCCGGGGGAGUCGUCGCCGGAGGAGGUGACGGUUGUGCAGCUGGAGGAGGGGCUGGCUCCCUCCUCACUGAGAUGAACUCUGUGUUCCAGCGGCUCCUCCCUCCUAACAUGGACUCGUACGCAGAGUGCACUGAAACAAGCCCACCCUCGUCCUCGACGACCACUGAGAGAGUUAGCGGGCGUGGGGGCAACGCUGCUGGUAACCAUAGUAACAAUGCCGUGCCUCAGGAUAACAGGAGAGGGUUGUUGCCAGGUGGGAAAGGCCCCGCCUACCCCCCAGGUGUGGCUGCAUGGGCAGCCAACACCCAUUACCUGAACCCUGGAAGUGGAUCCGUGGGAACCAACCACGUUCCCGCCUCUCCCUCCCCAGCCUCCACCUCCACAGCCACCGCCGCCAACGGACAGCCACCACACCUCAAAUGGCUGCCAGCCAUGGAGGAAAUCCCAGAGAAUUACGAGGAAGAUGACUUUGAAGGUGUCUUCCACCCGGGUCACCCGGGUGGCAAGCGCAGCAGCGAGGGCCGCCACGAGGCCGGAAUGGACACUAGCGAGCUGGUCCACGAGAUCAACAAGCUGCUGCAGGACGUCAGGCAGAACUAGAGCGGGAGAAGAAGUGAGAAACCGCCGCGUGGUUUCAACCUUUCACCACAUUUCUGGCAAAUGCUUGUUCUUCGUGCCAACAUAUAUAAACUUUACGAUGACUGUUUCUCAUCCACUGUAAUGCUUGUCUUGUUUAUUUUUUACCAAAUAGCCUCUCGAUCGCCCAGUGCUGUGAGACUCGCAGAGGAAAGUAAAGCGCGGCACUGGAGCUGUGAUUGAGGUGACUAAAAGGCAUCAAAGCGAGCGCUCCAAGAAGCAGAUUGCUCAGUUGUUGUUCCGUUCUCUCCGAAAGUUUGCUCGAAUGAGCGAGUUCAAACGGGAAAUCCACCAAGAGAAACUGUACCCUUUCUUCAUUUGUAAUGUUUACAGCUGCGUGAACAGGCUCCACAGGGAGGAACCAACAGUUGUGUGAUCUAAUUUCAGCUUUUACAGUGUACUAUACUGUACAGUGUCUGUGGAAAAAGGCAAACUCACUUGAAUAUUGUGCUAUGUCUUCUGUUUUGUUAUUAUGGAAUGUAACUGUACAAUUUGACCUUUGUAUUUUAAAAAUACACUCUUUUUUACUUCUAUAUAUUUAUAUGUGUCCAUGUAUGUUUGUACAGAAAAAGAAAAGGAAAUGUCUAUUUUUUAUAACUGUCACUGCAUGUCUUAAUAUCACUUAAUGUGUCUCUUUUCCUCUGCCCUGUUUAUUUUAUAAAAAAAAACAAAAAAACAAUUGUAUUUAAUUUUGUUAUUGAACAUGUGUGUGUGUGUAUUAAAAAUAAUCACAUUCCAAUGCAGUUCCAUGUUGGAAGUUGGUUUUUGUAUGGUGACAUUGUGACCAUUGGAUGAUAAAUAAAGCGGAGGGAUUCUUAACAGA